AUGAAGUCUCCUUUAUUACUGCUGGCUUUACUCACCUGUCUAAGUCCUGCACUUGGUCAAACAGCUUGUGAAGCCAAAUAUGACAAGACGAUAAAGGGGAAUUGUUCUCUUAAAAGUCAGUGUGAAGGUGCCUUAUUAUCUGUUGGUUGUUCUGAUGAAAAUUCUUGUUGUGUUCAACGAGCACCAUUAGCAACGUCAUUACCAGUGUGUAUUUCGGACGCAAAUUUCAAUAACUUGUACAGUGAUACUGUUCGAACACAAUACAUUCGUCGAUAUUUAAAUAAAGCAUUGAAUGAUAUUAAUGUUUGUCAAAAUUGUGUUGCAAAAGCAGCAUUUUUGGCCAUAGCGGCUAGCAUGACCAACGAGUUUACCACAGACGAAGCCAUGGGUACAGAUGCACAGUUUUCAGCUGAUGACAACAAAUACGGUAAUACACAACCAGGUGAUGGCGGACGAUUGCGGCGACGUGGUUACUUUGGUAUUAGAGGACAAAAAAUGUACGAAUCAUUAUCAGAUUCAGAAAUCAUGGAAAGUCCAGAGAAAGCAGCUUUUCCCGAUAAAGCCAUAAAGAUCGCCACUAUGAAAUGGACAAUGGAUAAUAUGACAAAGCUGGCUGAUGGUACGAUGUAUGGAUUUUCAAUGCUAUGGUAUUUGUUAACUGGUAGUAUUGAUGAACUUGCAGAUGCGGUGAAACGAUAUGCAGAAGUUCUUCGUCAGCUAGAAUGUACCACAUUACACACUGGACAAGGGCCAAGCUGUGAGUACAAUAGUACCCAUACAGGUCAUUGUUUUGCGGACUGCAUUCCAGAACUAGAAGAUGCUGAGUAUUGUGGGUGCGACGGAAAAGGUGAAAGAUGUCCGCAUAGUCCACCACAUGUCCGAUGUUGUCUUGGUCAAUGUACAUCAGAAAUUAAAUUGGAUCUUGGUUUUAUUUUGGAUGCGUCGGGUAGUAUCGGUCCAACAGAUUAUGAACGUCAGCGCAAUUUUACUAAAGACAUACUUCAGCUUGUCAAUGUCGGACCAAAUAAGACGCAUGUUGCCAUUAUUAAUUACUCAGCUAAAAUAGAGACUCUGUCAUUGUUAAACCAAUAUUAUACAAUAAAUGAAAAAUUAAAUAGAGUUAAUAAUGCUACAUACUUUGGAGAAGCUACACAUACAGGUGAAGCACUUCAAGAAGCAAAUCGUGUAUUUUCAAAUAAUAAUGGACCUCGACCAACUGAGGAUGGCGCACCAAAAGUUAUAUUCCUUAUCACAGAUGGACAGAGUAAUGGUGCUGUACCGCCAAUACCAGUAGCCGCGGUAUUGAAACAACGAGAUAUUCACAUAUUCACUGUGGGAGUAGGUAAUGGUGUCAAUCUUAAUGAACUACAUGCUAUUUGUACUCAACCGUGGAGGGAGAAUUAUCUGCCUAUCGCCAAUUAUUCGAGUUUGGAACAAAGAUUGAGUCAGUUUGUGUCAAAAUCAUGUGCUGAACCGAUUAAUGUGGGCGAAAAUUCAACGGUUACUGGAGAAUGUGCGAAAGACAAAUAUAAAUUUUUUAAAAUUAUUAUUAAAGUCAUUGGUAAUAAAACAUUGAUAACCGUGAAAAAUUUUAAUGGAAAAGUUAAACUAUUUCAUUCAUUUAAUGGUCGACAUCCAAAAGAUCCAACUGAGUUUGAAUAUUCGGAUGAUAAACCGAAAACAUUAACAACACUCACUAGUUUGAUAUGGGCAAGACAUUAUUCUAAUGAUAUUGGUGAACGCGGAUUUGAGCCCAAACAGCGUAUAGGGCGCACGGAUGAAGAUGAAGUGACAUUAAUAGUGGAUAAACCGUCAAAUAAUACAGAAUUUGUUUAUAUUGGCGUUAAAGGGCUAGAAGAACAAAAUAGAUUUGCGGUGAAAUUUGAUGAUUGUGCUAAUGCUAAUGUUGAUUGCACAAAAAAAUCAACAUCAUCCGUAAUUAAAAUGAAUUUAUUUAGUAUCAUUAUUCUAGUGUUUAUUAGCGUUUUAUCUAGAAUGUCAAAUUGA